AUGCCGGGUCCGCCGGGACCGAUCGGUCCGAUUGGUUCUUGGGGUCCGCCUGGCGACGUUGGUCCCGCCGGUUUGCCAGGAGAACAGGGCGACCGCGGUUACCCCGGAGCUCCGGGCCUUCAAGGUCAAAAGGGUGAACCGGGUAUUCAAGGUCCACCAGGCUAUGCCGGCGUCCACGGCUCUCAGGGUCAUCCGGGAAGAAGAGGGGCCAAGGGUCAACGUGGUGACACGGGUUGCGAAGGGCCACGGGGUCCGGAUGGCAGCCCUGGAGCCAGUGGUCCCCCUGGCAUUCAAGGACCCCCAGGUGAUCGUGGUCCGCGGGGUCCCAAGGGUUUCCCUGGCUACGUCAACGCCGGACCUGCCGGUCCCCCAGGAAUCCCCGGAGACAUCGGCUACAUGGGGCCACCAGGAUUUCGAGGGCCCCCGGGCUAUGACGGACCAAUGGGAGAACGCGGACCCCUAGGUCCGAAGGGCUACAAAGGAUCAACAGGUCCUCGUGGUCCUCCUGGUCCAGACGCACCAACAAUCACAAUCGAAGGUCAAAAAGGUGACCAGGGUGAGCGAGGCCCCCCAGGCCGUGACGGUCGGCCAUGUGAGCUCAUCGAACUGAUCUCGGGUCCCCGCGGUCGAACCGGCUACAUUGGGCCUCGUGGACCCAAGGGUGAUCGCGGUGAGAGAGGUAUUGAAGGGAUUCACGGCAGUGUUGGCGACACCGGUGACCCUGGCAGAGUGGGCGAACCUGGCGACCGCGGUUUCGACGGUGACAUGGGUCGCAUCGGUCCAUCGGGUCCGCCUGGAGAACGCGGUCCCCCGGGUGUCGACGGCUUGCCCGGUUUCGUUGGUCCCAAGGGCAGACCGGGCAGUUUCCGUGAUUGCGUCGGUCCGAAGGGACGUAAGGGCGAGAUGGGCGCUCCUGGCCUGAAAGGUUUCCUUGGUUACCCGGGACGCCAAGGUCCUACUGGUUUCAAGGGCAUUAAAGGUGACAUGGGCCCGCGUGGACGUCCUGGCCCUCCAGGUCGAAUGUGCGAAGUCGGGGAGAUAGGGAUACCGGGAGUAAAAGGCGAUCCUGGAAUCCCUGGAAGACGUGGACCUGAUGGAGACCGUGGUCCCAUGGGACCACAAGGUCCACGAGGCCCCGAUGGUCUCACACCAAUGUACGGUCCUGUUGGUGAACCUGGCAUUCCUGGAACUCCUGGACGUGUUGGCCCCAAGGGUGAUCCAGGUCCGCCUGGUGAUUAUGGUGAGAAGGGCUACCGUGGCACCCCCACAGUCGGCCUUCCUGGACCUCGUGGACCCACAGGGGAUAGAGGCGACCCCGGCAGGACUGGACCACCUGGCCUCGUGGGACCGCCUGGCGAAAAAGGUCCUAAUGCACCGCCAUGCGCCGCCUGCCCGUCGGGAGAACCGGGAGGAAGAGGCGAAACUGGAGAAGAUGGGGAACUUGGACAGCCCGGCGAACCAGGCAAAAGGGGUCAAGAUGGUGACCGGGGCAUUUCUGGAUUACGCGGACCCCAAGGUCUACCAGGCCCUGACGGAUAUCGAGGUGCUCAAGGUCUACCAGGAAUUCCUGGACCCAAGGGUGAGCCAGGUGACACCGGUUUUAUCACGAUUGUGAACCGUGCGGUUAUUCCUGGCGAUCAGGGUGAGCCUGGACGUGUUGGCAACGUCGGCCCAAUGGGAGAACGAGGUCCAUCCGGCCUUCCUGGAGCUCCUGGCGAAGCUGGACCUAGGGGACCAAGGGGUCGUCCUGGACUGGACGGCAUGGCGGGCUACCCCGGUCCAGCUGGUGACAAGGGCGAGCCCGGUGAGCGUGGCGAGGACGGUUACGGGGUAAAGGGGGCCCCUGGUGAGCCGGGCGACAUGGGUCCAACCGGACCACAAGGUCGUCCGGGUUUCCGAGGUGGAACGCUCUCGUGUCCCGUUGUGGGUCCAGUCUACAUGAAAGGUGAACCCGGCUACAGGGGUCCCAAGGGCGACCCUGGUCCCACGGGACCUCAUGGCACUCCCGGACCGCGUGGACCAAAAGGCAAGAUCAAUUCUGCUUCUAUAGGAAUCCAGGGUCUAAGUGGAGACCGUGGAGUUAGAGGCGAUCGUGGACCGCACGGACCAAUGGGCGAACGCGGUGAGCCCGGUAUUCCUGGGAUGCAGGGUCCGCCUGGACGCGACGGACUUCCGGGUCCAGUGGGCUAUCCUGGACAACCUGGCGCUUCCGGUGAACCCGGAUACACUGGUCGUCCAGGCGAAAAAGGUGAACGCGGCGAACCUGGUGAUGCGGGCAUCACCGUCGGUGGUUUGCCUGGAGACAAAGGACGUCCAGGGCUUCCUGGCCUCCCUGGUGACCGUGGAAUUCCUGGCAGAAGCGGUCCCAUGGGUGUUCGAGGACGUCCAGGUCCGCCUGGUAUUAGUGGACCACCAGGUGCUCAGGGGAGAAUGGGACCGCCUGGCGACAAGGGAUUCCGGGGUCCCCCGAGCACUCAGCCCCUACCGGCUCCAAUGGGACCCCCUGGACCUCGUGGUCCUACUGGCCAGCCUGGACAGAAGGGUGGAGCCGGUGGAACCAUGCGUUGCUACGGCCGUGGACCGCCCGGCGACAUGGGUCCACGUGGGGACCGUGGCUAUGCCGGAAGUUCAGGGCCACCUGGAGUCGAGGGUCCUGUUGGAUUCACCGGUUUCCCUGGCCGUGUCGGACCGGCUGGUCCGAAGGGCGACAGAGGUGGCCGCGGUCCGAUGGGUGAACCUGGCAAGGAUGGACCAGUGGGGCCGACGGGCCUUCCAGGAUUUCGGGGACCACCUGGAAGAGUUGGCGAUAUUGGAAUGCCUGGAAUGGAAGGACCUAAAGGAUUCAAGUGUGCGGAUCCAUUGAGCCGUAAAAUGUGGUGUGCCUGCUAUUUGCGGCGUGUAUGCAACGGCUUCUUCCAUUUCUUGAAUUUGCGUUCAGGAAUGAUGGGUCAGCAGGGCUAUCCUGGUCCGAAGGGGCCUCGUGGACGUCCAGGACUGUCUCAAUCCGGUCUUCCGGGUCCCGCCGGCCGUCCAGGUGUAGACGGUCUGAAAGGUGAGCGAGGUCUCCAGGGAUUGGAUGGCAAGGAAGGCAAGGUUGGCGAGCCAGGUCGUCCGGGCAUUGGUGCACCUGGACCCAUGGGUCCAAAGGGCUUUCAAGGACCGGCUGGCGACCCCGGAGCUCCUGGCUUCGACCCGAUUCCUGGCCCCGUGGGUGAUCCAGGCUAUCCGGGGAGAAUGGGACCUCAGGGACCCAGAGGUCUUCCAGGCCAAGUAGGCUUCACCGGACUCGAGGGACUUCCGGGGAAAAAGGGGGAACGCGGAGAACCGGGCGAAGAGGGUCUACCGGGUCUGCCAGGUGACAGAGGCGAUGAGGGCUACCUCGGACCGCCGGCACGCCUCGUUAAAGGACGCAAAGGCUACGCCGGCCCCCCUGGACCCAAGGGCUUCCCGGGACCCGUGGGUGAGCCUGGUGAACGUGGUUACCGGGGUAGAUCUGGGCCACCUGGUUCAAGAGGCCUUCCAGGUCCACAAGGUGUGAGUGGAUACGCCGGUCUGCCUGGAGACGUCGGAAUUCCCGGGUACCCAGGUGUCCGUGGGAUGAACGGUUCCGCGGGACCACCCGGUGAUCCGGGUCCAGUUGGUGCUCGAGGGCCGGUUGGACCUAAGGGCAUGCCUGGUAUGCGAGGCAGGAAAGGACGACCUGGGAUCUGUCCUAUCGCCCCAAGGGGUCCAAAGGGUGAACCUGGACCCCCUGGGCUUAUGGGCCCAGAGGGACCACCUGGAGACAAAGGUUUGGAGGGGCUGCCUGGUCUAAAGGGCAUGCCUGGACAGCCAAGAAUGGGUCCAGAGGGACGGAAAGGCGAGAUGGGAAUCGAGGGUCCACCCGGCAGAACCGGUGCGACUGGUGAUCCGGGGGAGCAAGGCAUCCCCAGAUACAGAGCUGGUCGCGGAGAGCCAGGUGACAUGGGUCCCCAGGGUAUGCCCGGUGAACGCGGCUUUAUGGGCAUGCCAGGGCGACCUGGCUCACCCGGAUACCGUGGAGCUCCUGGCAAGGACGGCCCUCGUGGAAAGCCUGGCCUCACGGGACUUCCUGGCCGACCCGGACCCGAUGGACCGAUGGGCGAUAUUGGUGAACCUGGAAUGCGUGGAUAUGAGGGUCCUAGAGGACCGGCUGGACGUCCAGGCGUGAUGGGAGCAAAAGGUGUCAAGGGCAAGUCGGGUUACGGGUUUCGGGGGCUGCCUGGAGACUUUGGGGAGCCCGGUCCGAGAGGCGAGCUCGGCUACCCAGGAUUCCAAGGUCAACCUGGUCGGACGGGCCCUCCGGGAGAGAAGGGUUACAAAGGAGCUGCAGGAUACCUCGCCGGACCACGUGGUCCUACGGGAGACCGCGGACCACAGGGCGACAUGGGUUAUCGUGGCCCCAAGGGUCAGCGCGGCCCUCAAGGCUACCGCGGCCCCGAUGGGCCCAAUGGAACCAUUGGACUCGGCGACGGUGGAUACCUAUUCGCGGUGCAUUCGCAAAAGGACACUCCCCCGUCCUGUCCCGAGUUCACGCAAGAACUCUACACUGGCUACAGCUUGGUGACCUUGCAGGGAGAAGACGAUUCAAUGACAAUGGAUCUUGGUACCCCAGGGUCGUGUAUCCAAACAUUCUCCAUAAUGCCAUUCGCGUCCUGCUUCAACACCGUGCCACUGGGCUCCUGUCAGUUCAAUAUGCGCAACGGACGCUCCUUCUGGCUCUCCACGCUCGAGCACUACAUGACCGAGCCCCUGCCUGUGGACCGUAUUCAACGCUACAUCUCAAGGCAACGACCCUACUUGGAGGAAAGCUGUCCUGCAGGCUGGGAACAUGCUUGGAACGGGUUCAGCAUGCCAAUGGUUGUAAGCGCGGCGGUUUCCGGUGGAGUCCAACCUCUGCACUCGCCAGGUAGCUGUCUAAUGAAUUUCCGCGCGCUGCCCUUCAUCGAAUGCAACAAUCACCAUGGCAACUGCUUCCACUGGCAAGAUGGCCGCUCGUAUUGGCUGAAAGCCAUCACCUACAGCGAGCAGUUCACCAAACCCGUAGGCACAACUUACAAAGCGGAUCUCCUGCGGCAAGUAAGCAGAUGCUCUGUCUGCCGAAAGUCCAUGGAGUUGAGGGAUCUGACAUCGUCCAAGCGUUACUCGAAUGCCUUCAUCUCGACAAUGAAGAUAUCGUUUGCCCUAAUUUUUCUUUUGGUUGCAUCACGUGUUUCCGCGGUAAGUCCAGAAAGUCAAAACAAGGUAACUACUGAUAAGGUGACGCCUGAGGCGUUCGAGGCAACAUCAGAGGCUUCAGACAACAGGACAUCAAGUUUGGUAAAUUAUACUAGACCAGAACCAGACGCUGAUGAAACGACGCAAGGUGUCCCAACCACCACCGAACUUGAAGAGGUUUCAAAUGGCGAAAUAGGACGGAUAAACACCACGGCAAAAAGUGAUAAUGCACUCUCAACUGAAAGUUCAUUCACUUCAAAAGAUGGUGCAGGGAAAAGGGAAGAAGGGGACUACAGAGAUAUGGUCACUCCCCCUUCGAAUCUGACAUCUCACGUAACGCAAACAAGUGUCACGCCAACGCUUGGUCCCGGUGACACGUCAGCAGAAUCCCCUUCUGUUAAAACGACAGCUGAAGCAGAAGGGAAUGUGACGACUGCUACAGUGACGCUUGCGCCUAGCACACAAACAAGUGAUGCGACCCAGCUUACGUCCACGUCAGAAACGGUGUUAACGACAGAGGAUAGGAGCUUGGAAAGCACAGCCUCUAUGGAGCAAUAUGCAGCUACGGAUAGGCCAUCACAAACGCCUGACAUCUAUGAGAAGAUUUCCGACUUGUUGAAAAGGUAUCUACUGGAGGUUAAAAGUGAGACGGAUCCGGGGCGACUAAAGGAGAUGAAGAAGAAUCUUCGUCAGAUACAGCAAAUCUUUUCUGGACAGAAUCGUCCACAGUAG